GCUCCCCGCGGGAAUGUCCGGUGUGGACGCCCUCGGAGGCCCCAUUUAACUCCAAGGCGGCGAGCGUGGCCGGGCCCAGUUCACGGGCUGCUCGGGCCCUGACGAGGCAGCUGGAGGCUGUCGGGCGUCCACGCUCACGUUCUGGGCCGGCGGACUCCGUACCGGCCAGGCUGUGGCGGCCACGGGGGCCCGAUAGCGCCGCCUCCAGCUGGCCCCGCACGAAACUGUGUCCCGACGCGGCGCGCGCUGUCGCGAUCCGGCGGCGGGUGACGUGGCGGGGCGGGGCCUGAGCUGCCGCGGCGGCGGCGGCGGCGCGACCGAGCAUCCUGGCGGCGCCGGGCCACUCGGAGGCCACAGUAAACACAGGUGUGCAGGAACUGUUUGUCAUGGAAGCCAGGGAGCCUGGGAGGCCCACACCCACCUACCAUCUUGUCCCUAACACCAGCCAGUCCCAGGUGGAAGAAGAUGUCAGCUCGCCACCUCAAAGCUCUUCUGAAACUAUGCAGCUGAAGAAGGAGAUCUCCCUGCUGAAUGGGGUCAGCCUGGUGGUGGGCAACAUGAUCGGCUCAGGGAUCUUUGUCUCACCCAAGGGUGUGCUGGUACACACUGCCUCCUAUGGGAUGUCGCUGAUUGUGUGGGCCAUUGGUGGGCUCUUCUCUGUUGUGGGUGCCCUUUGUUAUGCAGAGCUGGGGACUACCAUCACCAAGUCGGGAGCCAGCUACGCUUACAUUCUAGAAGCCUUUGGGGGCUUCAUUGCCUUCAUCCGCCUGUGGGUCUCACUGCUAGUUGUUGAGCCCACCAGUCAGGCCAUCAUCGCCAUCACCUUCGCCAACUACAUCAUCCAGCCAUCCUUCCCCAGCUGUGAUCCCCCAUACCUGGCCUGCCGUCUCCUCGCUGCUGCUUGCAUAUGUCUGCUGACAUUUGUGAACUGUGCCUAUGUCAAGUGGGGCACACGUGUGCAGGACACGUUCACUUACGCCAAGGUCGUAGCGCUCAUUGCCAUCAUUGUCAUGGGCCUUGUUAAACUGUGCCAGGGACACUCUGAGCACUUUCAGGACACCUUUGAGGGUUCCUCCUGGGACAUGGGAAACCUCUCUCUUGCCCUCUACUCUGCCCUCUUCUCUUACUCAGGUUGGGACACCCUUAAUUUUGUAACAGAAGAAAUCAAAAACCCAGAAAGAAAUUUGCCCUUGGCCAUUGGGAUUUCUAUGCCAAUUGUGACGCUCAUCUACAUCCUGACCAAUGUGGCCUAUUACACAGUGCUGAACAUUUCAGAUGUCCUUAGCAGUGAUGCCGUGGCUGUGACAUUUGCUGACCAGACGUUUGGCAUGUUCAGCUGGACCAUCCCCAUUGCUGUUGCCCUGUCCUGCUUUGGGGGCCUCAAUGCAUCCAUCUUUGCUUCAUCAAGGUUGUUCUUCGUAGGCUCCCGGGAGGGCCACCUACCGGACCUUCUGUCCAUGAUCCACAUUGAGCGUUUUACACCUAUCCCUGCUUUACUGUUCAACUGCACCAUGGCACUCAUCUACCUCAUCGUGGAGGAUGUUUUCCAGCUUAUCAACUACUUCAGCUUCAGCUACUGGUUCUUCGUGGGCCUGUCUGUUGUUGGACAGCUCUACCUCCGCUGGAAGGAGCCCAAGCGGCCCCGGCCUCUCAAGCUGAGCGUGUUUUUCCCCAUUGUGUUCUGCAUAUGCUCCGUGUUUCUGGUGAUAGUGCCCCUCUUCACUGACACCAUUAAUUCCUUCAUUGGCAUCGGGAUUGCCCUUUCUGGAGUCCCUUUCUACUUCAUGGGUGUUUACCUGCCAGAGUCCAGGAGGCCACUGUUUAUUCGGAAUGUCCUGGCUGCUAUCACCAGAGGCACCCAGCAGCUUUGCUUUUGUGUCCUGACUGAGCUUGAUGUAGCCGAAGAGAAAAAAGAUGAGAGGAAAACUGACUAGAGGUCAGAGGUGGCUUUCCGAGGCCUGGAAGGCUGGCCAACCAGCAAAAUCCUGAUAACAAGACUCUGUGGGCCCACCUCUCCUGAAUUAAAGGAGCCUUUUGACCCACAUCAUAUAACGGGGCGCAGGGCCAGUGCUCACUCUUAUUGGUAAGCUAUAGGAGGAGACUCAGGAUCUGGGCCAACCUCAAGGUGGGGGCUUCAGAGGGUGGGGAAGAUUGGGGAACAGGGGAAUGGUCAUUUAGUUUUACUCCUGAUAGUUAGAUGCAGCUCUUACAGAUAUUUACUUGGUAAAGUGCAGUGGGGAAGAGGAAAUGCUAGGUUGAUAGGGCUGGUGGCUUCUGAAUUUGGUAUUUGAACUAGAAGUCCCUAUAGAGGGGCUGCUUUAUGGGAAGUUUUCCUCUGACCAGGUCCAACACCUGACUUUAAAGGCCUGAAAUGCUACCAUUUCUUCCUCUGGCUCAAAAUUCUUCCCUGGGGAGAGUUAUAUUCCCUUAUUUAUUGAUAUUUAGUCCAGAACACCAGUUCUAACGAAGCAUGCGUGUCUCUUCAUCUACAGGAUGCAAUAGGCUGAUUGUAUUUAAAAUUCAAAGUACCCAAAACUGAGUCCCUUUGGGCUCAGAAAUGUCUAUGGUAUUGGGUCAGACUCUGAAAACAGAUUUUAUGCUGUUUAGCGCAAUCUUCUAUUGAGUCUUACCUGCAACAAUGAACCUUAAAGAUUUUUUUCACUCAUGUACCUGUUAACACUUUAGCAUACAGAUAGAUCAUAGAUCACGUUACAAGCACUUGGCUCAGGUCCAGCAAGGACAGAUGAACAAAUUCAUGAGUCAGAAGUCUGUUAAUACUGCUGUUUUGAAGGAUAAUCCUUUAUUUUACUUGAGACCUUACAUCUUUGUUCUAGCCGACAGUAAAUCUCUGGGUUUCUGUUACGAACUCUAAGGGGGCUGAAACUUCUGAAAUUCAGGUAGAUCACCUGAAUUCUCUCAGCUGUCAAUGGCUUGGAGAACAUGACUUGGCCCAUCUCAUGGGCCCAAGUCAUCAAAUAACCUGUUCCUCUCUGUAAGGGCAGUGUGAGGGACUGCUGUGCAGACCCAAGCAAGCCCACCCUGGUGCUAGGUCAUUUCACUUUUCUGAAAACCUCACAUCAGGCUGCAUCCUCUUCUGUCCCUGGCACCAGGCUUUGUUUACACUUGGAGCCGCCUUGGUGUGGGUCACCAUGACAGUGUACUCCUCUCCUGCCAGCCUCCCCUUCCCCGAGGUGUGGUGGCUGCAGUCUCAGGAAGAGCUUGGUACUUGUGGGGACUUCUGUUUUCUCCCUGUGGAGAUCAGUGAAGACUGGGAGGAAAGCUGCUUCAACCUGAGUCUGGCUCUUCAGCAGUCUGCACAAACGGAAGCAGCUAAUUCUGGUGCUCAGGCUGGGCUUACACCCAAGUUAGGCCUGCUCUGGCCUAAUGGAUCUUACUGUAUGAGCAGGAUGGCUGCACUGGAUUGUACAAUUAUUUUGUGAUGCCCAGACACUAUCAUCCUGGGCCGAGAAGAACCUGCUAGCUUGACAUACCCCAUGGACUUCUUAUCCUUAGGUUUUGGAAUUGGUCAACAGUGAGGCAGUCUCCCUUCCUGACCAUUCUUCUCCACCCAGUCACAGAUAAGGGAAUAACCUUGGCCAUAUAUUUGCUCAAUAAAGAAAGAUUGAAGGAAGCAUGGUCACAGUUGCCUUGGGUUCAGAGCAUAAUGCAUAUGUGAAACAUGGGGUGACAUUCCUACUGUCAUGGGUCUGGGAUUUGUACAGCAAAUUCCUGCCCGACGACAGGGUGUCUUGUGCAAAGGCUGACUUGCCUGAACUCUAAGAACAUGACUUCUGUCUAAGCCAAGCUGGCACCCAUCCCAGGGUUCCUCUGGAGCUAAUCCUUUAAGCAAAAUGUGCUUGCCUUUUGAAGAUCCCUGACCCAGGCUUUAGCUUUCUCUACCACAUAACCAGCUAAUCCCAGGAAUUUGCUCCCCUCCCCCAGUGGCUUCUAGGGAAAGCAAGGACCUCACAUGCCAGGUGCCCUAGUACUUGCUUAGUGAGCCGUGUCAUCCUCCUUUCAUUUUUGGAUGGUGACAGCAUUUUUCCCCUCUGUGCUGGAUACAGACUUCUCCCAGGAUCCCCUCUUUGGGAGCAAAGCCAAAGGAUCCCUACAGCACUCAAGCUUCAUGGUGGAAUUAAUUUCUGCCAGCUCUUUGUUGUCUGUCUCCUUAAAUCCUUCUCCUGUUGUGCUUAUUAUCCCCUUUGCAGUGAGUACAGUUUAUUAAGUUGUCAGCCCUUUAAUAUUGGGGAAACUUAAUGAGUAUAAAUAGCAGGGAGCAAAUUGUAACAGCAGUGUUUUUUUUCACCCGGUUGCCGUGAGUACGAGAAUGGCUUUCAAUCCUUUGUUUCUAAGCCUACAGACAGAAAGCAAGAUGUGUAAUACUAGACAUACAAGUUGCUGCUUGUUAUAACGGUGAAUUAUACCUUUGUGCAUACCUAGGAUGUUUGUUGUUUUAAUUAGCUGCAAUAUAUAUGACCUGUGUACACAGAAUUUAAUCACUUUGGCAGGUUGAACAACUCCAUGUAGAUAAGAGCUAGUAUAGGUAAAGGUUUAGAAAAUGGACAUAAAGUCAAAGAAUGAUGGCAGGUAGGAUGGAGAGAUACUUAGGAAAUCCUAAAAGAGGUGGCAAGAAGGUAUCUCCCUGUGUAACUCACCUUCCCCCAUGACAGUGAGUCAGAGACACUCACAGGCUAUGAGGGCACACCCCUAGCUGAAUGUUCUGCGUUGUUUCCUUAGACCUGUGGUGUCCGCUACAACAGCUACUAGACACAUGCAGCUAAUUACAUUAAAAUGAAAUAAAAUUAAAAGCUCAGUUUCUCAGUUGCGCUAAUCACAUUUCAAGUGCUCAGUAGCCACCCGUGUCUACUACUACACAGCGCAGACACAGAACAUAUCGUCACUGCAGAUAGUUCUACUGGACAGUGUUACGCUAGAAUAAACACCAAGGCAGUCAGUUAAGGCAGCUAUGGUUUGGAAAGGCAUAGGGACAGAGUUUGCUUAGAAUAGAUACAAGCUGUGGUAAUAAAAUUGAUCUUGUUGAUAGUAGUUUGUUUUUGUGGUGGGUGCUGUGAAGAGUAAACAUUACUCAGUGGAAAGCUAAGUUCAGAAGGUACUUUGUUUUUCCUCCCUUGCCUUAAGUCCUUGGUAUUUAUAAUCAAUGCUGAAACUUCUAUCUCACUACUGCUCCCUGUUUUAGAUAUUCGGAUUUAAAAGGUUUUAAAAGAAUUACUUUCUUCCAUGUUCAAAGCUAGAUUUUACUAAACACAUGUAUCACAUUCAUAUAUAUUAUUUCUUGGCCCCACUGUCGAAGGAAGUCAGUCAGUAAUUUCACAACCGUUAUCAGAGUUUGGAAGCACAAAUAGCUGUUAACUAAAAUCUCCCACUGCUCAGACAGACUACUUUCUGUCCUAAUGGCCAUUACUAUCCAGUCUGUGUUGCUACAAGGGACCCACUGGUACCCCUUGUAGAUUCUGUCUAUCAAAAGGAACAGGGAUUUCCUAGAGGCAGGCAGCCUGGUGGUAUGGCAGAGCAGAAGCUUACUGCUAAUGAAACGGGAACCUCCCCCUCCCUUGUGGUUUCAGCACAGAACCUGAAUGCCAGGAAAAAUUCCUGGGCCAAGAAGCUAAAAUUAAAGAAACCUUCCUUUUUUCAACAUUUUUUUUCUUUCAAACUGUAGGGUCACUUCUGAUUGAUUGAGGCAAAGGGGCCCUACUGUAAGUGGAAAAGCCUCACUCCCCUAACAUAAGUUUUCACUGUGGUGGGAUGGUGCCACCCGAUACGCUUGAUAUGCUUUUCCUUCCACAUGUUAAGCUAGGAAACCUAAGAGGAUGUCAGCAGGGCAGUUAACUCUGGACUCAGAGCCCUCAAGGGCAUGUGGCAGAACCUCACGGACAUCACAAGACCAUCAGUCUGAAUCCAGGUCGUGGGGGCUGUCAUAGCCGAACUCCUUCUGCACAUCCAGAGGGUACUUGCUCCACAUCCGCUGUCUGCUGCUGCCUCUUUCCUCCUCACUCAGGCUGUUGUAGUCAGCAGAGCCUAGAAUGACAUCCCGGGAAUGGAUUCUAAAUGUGAUUUUCCUAGGCUACUGCAGGAGCCCCUUCUCUUCUCAGAAAGGUCUGUUUUUGUUCCCGCUUGUAAUGCAAAGUGCUUGCUCAAUAAAUAAAGUAAAGAAUAUAGAAUUUUUUUUUUUUUAAAGAAGGAAUCACUUUCCUAUCAUCUAAACCAAGUUCCUUCACACUGGAGUAUUUUGUCACUUCUCCCCUCCGUGGAGUAUUUUGUCACUUCUCCCCGCUGUAUAGGAUUUUUUUUGUUGUAAGAGUUGUAGUCAUAUUGUAAAUAUUUUUGUACCUUUCUCCUUUUAACGUGUUAUUGACAGACCUCCCCAAUAGAAUAUGCAAUUGUUUGAUUCAUUUCUGUGUUAUCAGACACCAAUAAAUUCUUUUUGUUGGGC